AUGAUUUUCUUUCUUUCUUUCUUUCUUUCUUUCUUUCUUUCUUUCUUUCUUUCUUUUUUGUUUAAAGUAGGUGAUCCUGGCUUUCUUCUUUCUUUCUUUCCUUCUUUCUUUCUUUCUUUCUUUCUUUCUUCUUCGUCUUCUUCAGGAAGUGCGCGAUCAUGGUUUUCUUUCUUUCUUCUUAUUCUUCUGCAGGAAAGAGUGGGCGAUCCUGGCUUCCUUCAAUUUUUUUCUUUUUUUCUUUUUUGUUUGUUUGUUUUUCUUCUUCUUCUUCUUCUUCUUCUUAUUAUUAUUAUUAUUAUUUUCCUUCUUCAGGAAGUGCGCGAUCAUGGCUCUCUUUCUUUCUUUCUUCUUCUUCUUCUACAGGAAGUGGGCGAUCAUGUCUUACUUCUUUGUUUGUUUCUUCUUCAGGUUAUAGGCGAUCAUCGUUUUCUUUCUUCUUUCUUUCUUUCUAUCUUUCUUCUUCUUCAGGAAGUGAACGAUGCUGCUUUCUUCUUUCUUUCUUUCUUUUUUCUUCUCCUUCAUCUUCAGGAAAUGCGCGAUCACCGCUUUCAUUCUUUCUUUCUUUCUUUCUUCUUCUUCUUCUACAGGAAGCGAUCAUCGUUUUCUUUCUUCUUUCUUUCUUUCUAUCUUUCUUCUUCUUCAGGAAGUGAACGAUGCUGUUUUCUUCUUUCUUUCUUUCUUUUUUCUUCUCCUUCAUCUUCAGGAAAUGCGCGAUCACCGCUUUCAUUCUUUCUUUAUUUAUUUCUUCUUCUUCUUCUACAGGAAGUGGGCGAUCAUGGCUUACUUCUUUGUUUGUUUCUUCUUCAGGUUAUAGGCGAUCAUCGUUUUCUUUUUUCUUUCUUUCUUUCUAUCUUUCUUCUUCUUCAGGAAGUGAACGAUGCUGCUUUCUUCUUUCUUUCUUUCUUUCUUUUUUCUUCUCCUUCAUCUUCAGGAAAUGCGCGAUCACCGCUUUCAUUCUUUCUUUAUUUAUUUCUUCUUCUUCUUCUACAGGAAGUGGGCGAUCAUGGCUUACUUCUUUGUUUGUUUCUUCUUCAGGUUAUAGGCGAUCAUCGUUUUCUUUCUUCUUUCUUUCUUUCUAUCUUUCUUCUUCUUCAGGAAGUGAACGAUGCUGCUUUCUUCUUUCUUUCUUUCUUUUUUCUUCUUCAUCUUCAGGAAAUGCGCGAUCACCGCUUUCAUUCUUUCUUUAUUUUUAUUUCUUCUUCUUCUUCUACAGGAAGUGGGCGAUCAUGGCUUACUUCUUUCUUUCUUUGUCUCUGUUUUUUUUUUUUUCUUUCUUCUUCGGGAAGUAGGCGUCCAUGGCUUUCUUCUUUCUUUCUUUCUUUCUUUCUUUUUUUCAUCUUCAGGAAGUGA